CGGAAAGUCGGAGAGCGACAAAGCCAGAACCCAGAAACCUCUCAUCUUGAGCCGGCGGGGGUUUUGAAAUGAAUUAUUCAUCCAAUAGUUUAAUUGGAUUGGAUUUUCUUACCCUCGUUAUCCCCUGCCUGUUCUCUCCCUGUACUCUCCGAUUCACUAGUCUUCCUAAUUCUAGGAUUCAGUAGGGUUUCCGCAGAAGAAGAAAAGAGAAGACCCAUGUCGAUCCCUAAUGCCUUACAAAUUUUGUUCCUCUUGGUGCCACUCUCACUGGCUUCUUCUUUUUGGAACCAGCCCUGUGCGGCUGAUAUGCGAAUUGAGAAGUUCAGUUACUUAUUUCGGGAGUCCAAGCAUCACGUCUCUCAAUGAUUCCAGUGGCUUUUGCAGAGUACCAACUUGGAAACAGGAACAGCCAAGGUCGAAGCGGCAUUAGGGGUUCUUGAGCGACGCAUAGAUUGUUGGGCUAAUGGUCGACUUGAUAUUGAUGUGCGGUGGCUGUGUUUAGCAUGUGUGGUGUCUGUUGGAACCUGCACUAUCAGUUUAAUGGUUAUGUUCUUUCUGUGCCGCUUCAGUUUGGAUGGUUAUGUCUUCAACCUUCCCAUGGUGGAUUAUGAUGUUCUAUGGACUGAAAGAAAGACAAAUCCUCCAUGUCCAUUUCUGCUGAAAAUGAUUGAGCCUGUCCCUUCGGGUAACAAUGAGGUCUGUCAUGUCAUUCUGGAAAAUGGGUUAGUGGACGGAGUGGGUCUUCUAGAAAGAAAAUGGGAGAAUCUCAGCAUUUAGAAUGUAAACUCAUUUCCAACGCUCACAGAGAAAGAUGCUUCAUGUAAUGACAGAAUGUGGUACUGAUCCUUCUCUACAAAGUUCUCUGCCCUUCAAUCCCUUCCCUUCUUGGUGGAGUUGGAAUCUUCGAUCUUAUGUAAAGCUCCUCUUCCAUUUCAGGCCAACAUCCGUCUCCAAGGACUGAAGGCUACUCCUGAGAACGCAUCAAGAUAUGUUUUUGUUGCAGAGCGGUGACAACAGAGAGAAGAAACCAGUCCGGGUCGGGCCAUGGGGUGGCCAGGGCGGUUUCGGAUGGGACGAUGGCGUAUAUUCCGGAGUCAAGCAACUGGUUAUAGCUCAUGGAUCAGGCAUUGACUCCCUCCAAAUUGAAUAUGACAAGAAAGGCGCUUCGAUUUGGUCAGAGAGACACGGCGGCAGUGGUGGCAACAAAACUGACAAGGUCAAGUUGGACUACCCCAAUGAGUUUCUUACUUCUGUCCAUGGACAUUACGGCAGCUUGUACGAAUGGGGCCCGGUCAUGGUUCGAUCAUUGACUCUUGAAACCAACAAAAGAAGAUUUGGACCAUUUGGAAAUGAACAAGGCACGUAUUUUUCUAUCCCAACGGCUGGAGGAAAGAUUGUUGGGCUCCAUGGAAGGAGCGAUUGGUAUGUGGAUGCAAUUGGGAUACACCUUAAGCCUGCAAAGCAAGAACUGAAGGCUCCUUCCAAACCUCUGGUUCAGGCCAACAAUUAUGUGAAUGGUGGGACUGACAAAGCUGGCUACUCGGUUCUCCAAGGGAGUGGUGAUGGCAGUAACUAUGAUAUUGUGGUUGCCGUGAGACACAAGAAUGAUCAUUCCAAAGUCUCGCAUCCACAGCAGAGCCCCCUGCCCCUGGAGGCCAACAAUGCUUCAGGAAGCUUAGACAAGGUGGUUAAACCUGAAGGGAAACCCUCCAAAACUGAAGUGCCAGCCUCAAAAACUGAUGGGGUCUUAAGGUAUGGACCAUGGGGAGGACAUAAUGGUACUGCGUUUGAUGAUGGGACAUACACUGGGAUCAGACAAAUUUAUGUUUCGCGAAACGUUGGAAUUGUGUACUUAAGAGCUCAAUACGACCGUGACGGAGAGCCGGUUUGGGGAAGCAGACAUGGUGGCACAGGAGGGUUCAAAACGGACAAGAUAAUGUUUGACUACCCACAAGAGAUUCUGACACACAUCACAGGAACUUACGGCCCCUUGAUGUACAUGGGUCCUAAUAUUAUAAAGUCAUUAACUUUCUACACCAACAAAGGGAAACAUGGACCAUUUGGAGACGAACAAGGUCCAUCUUUCACUAGCAAAAUUGAUGAAGGCAGAAUCGUCGGGUUCCAUGGAAGGGAAGGGUUUUUCUUGGAUGGUCUUGGAGUUCAUGUGCUGGAAGGGAUUGUGAAGCCGCCGAAGAGCACUUUCUCUGAUGCAAUUGUCAAAGCUGGUGGCGAUCAUCACGUUGCAGAGAUUGACAACUAUCCUUGCAGCAGAAGAGGUAUCUUAUGGAGUGUUGAAGGAGCCUGUUCCUCAAGGACCAGGUCCAUGGGGAGGAGAUGGAGGAAGGCCUUGGGACGAUGGAGUUUUCUCCGGGGUGAAACAGAUAUUUGUCACAAGGACUGCAGAUGCCAUUUGUUCCAUACAGAUCGAAUAUGAUCGAAGUGGGCAGUCUGUUUGGUCUGUCAAACACGGUGGCACUGUGGGAACUGCCACUCACAGGUUGAAACUGGAGCACCCACAUGAAUUCCUGGUAUCGAUCUCGGGGUACCACGGUUCGACGAACAGAGAGGACAAGCACAAGUUCGUGAAGUCGCUGUCGUUUCAGACCAGCAGGGGGAAGUACGGGCCGUUUGGGGAAGAGGUUGGGACGUUCUUCACUUCUCCGACGGCGGAUGGCAAGGUGGUUGGCUUCCAUGGGAGGAGCGGGGCUUACUUGGACGCCAUUGGUGUUCAUAUGCAGUACUGGCUGGGAAGUAACAACAGACCAUCGAGGCCUUCCAUCUUCAAGAGGUCCGGUUGGGCCGAUUGAUUGAUCAUUGGAUUUGGCUCGAUACGAUGUUUGUUUGAACCAAUUGGUUUAUGACGUGGAUGUGGUGAAUGAGUUAGAUUGAGUGCGAGUGGAUUUGGUAUGUUCUUGAAUAAUUAUGCAGGCAGAAGAAUAAAGUGGGGAAAAUGUGAUGUGUAGUUUAAUGAUGUGAUAGUUCCCUCCAUGAAUUCAUUGCUACAUUGUCACCCAUUUGAAUAUGUUUGUGGUUGCUCAUUGACUUUGGCUUGGUGAACCGUUUGUAAUCCAACUGAAUGAAAUGACAAUGGAGUG